AUGACUCAGACCGAAAAGCCCAUCAUCUUUGCUCCUCCCACGUACCAAUACACUAAGGGCCACUUGAACGAGCUGGAAAUCGACACAGACCCUAUAGAACAGUUCCACAAGUGGUUUGAUGAAGCCAAAGCUUCCGUGCCUGAAGGGCUGUCGAUAAUUCCAGAGAGUGUCACGUUCUCAACGGCUAGGCUUCCUCUGGGAAGAGUUUCGCUGAGAGUGGUGUUGCUUAAAGAGUUGGAUACUCAUGGGUUUAUAGUGUACUCCAACUGGCAGACAUCAAAGAAGUCUCAGGACUACGAGCUGAACAAGUGGGCGUCGCUUACGUUCUUCUGGCCCUAUGCACAGAGACAGGUUCGUGUUGAAGGAAAGAUGGAGAAGGUCGAGAGAGAUAUCUCCCAGAGAUACUAUGAUACGAGGCCUAGAGGGUCGAAGAUAGGCGCCUGGGCUUCCCCACAGUCACAGGCUAUCAAGAGCAGAGACGAGUUGGACACUUACUAUAAGAAGUACGAGGAACAGUUCAAGGACAAGGACGACAAUGGCAUUGAAUGUCCCGAGUUCUGGGGCGGUAUGCGUAUUGUUCCGUAUGAAAUUGAGUUUUGGCAAGGCGGAGUCUCCAGGCUACACGACAGGCUUGUGUUCCAGCGGGAGUCUCCGGACCAGGCGUGGGCCGUACAGCGUCUUGCUCCAUAG